ACCCGCUAAACAAGAUGGCGGCCUACAGAGCUCCCUCUCUCCUGGGAGCCCCCGGCAGUUCACGAACUGGAGGCCAAUCGAUGCAGAUGCGCUCAGGAAAAAAAUCUCAACCUUCCUGGUCGUCUUUUCCCAUGGGGCUAAAGAUGAAAGGCACUUUCAGCAGGUCCUCCUCCUACCUGCUGCAGCAGCUCAUGCACCGCUAUCAGGAGUUGGACAUGGACGGAGAGGACGAACAGGUCGAAGGGGAAUCCGAAGAGUCCUCAGACUCCGAAAUACAGAAUCUGGAGCUGGAGGAAUUUGAUGGGGUCCUGAAAGAAGAGGCUGUGGCUGCAGCAAUCCAUCAAUUGGGACGCUCAGGCCCUGGGACUGAGCAGGUCUACCUCAGUCUAACUUUAUCGGGUUGUGAUUUAAUUGACGUUAACAUUCUCCGUGAAUAUGUUCACCUACAGAAGUUGGAUCUUUCAGUGAAUAAAAUUGAAGAUUUGUCUUGUGUCGGCUAUAUGCCUUAUCUUCUAGAACUUAAUGCUUCUCAAAAUAAACUGACUACAUUCUUCAAUUUCAAGCCGCCCAAAAAUCUCAAGAAGGUGGAUUUUUCCUACAACCAAAUUUCCGAAAUGUGUGAUCUGUCGGCAUAUCGUGGUCUCACUACGCUAAUUUUGGACAACAAUAAAAUAGGAGAAAUCAGUGGCCUAGAGAUGUGCAACAGUCUAACUCACCUCAGUUUGGCCAACAACGAUAUCAAAACAAUUGAUGGCUUAAACUCAUUACCAAUCAAAAUACUUUGUCUGAGCAAUAACAACAUUGAGAAGAUCACGGGUUUGGAGAAUCUGAAAGCCCUGCAGAAACUGGAUGUGUCCCACAAUCAGAUAAGCAGCCUCCAAGGCUUAGAGAAUCAUGACCUCCUGGAAGUGAUCAACCUAGAGGAUAAUAAGAUUGCUGAGCUGAGUGAAAUAGAAUACAUUGGUAAUCUACCUAUCCUUCGGAUUCUCAAUCUUCUGAAAAAUCCAAUUCAGGAAAAACCUGAAUAUUGGCUGUUCGUAAUUUUUAUGCUACUGCGAUUAACAGAAUUAGAUCAGAAGAGGAUUAAAGUAGAAGAAAAGGUUACAGCAGUGAAUAAAUAUGACCCUCCCCCUGAAGUGGUCGCAGCCCAAGAUCACCUGACCCACGUUGUCAACAGUGUGAUGCAGCCACAGAGGAUUUUUGACAGCACUCUUCCCAGCCUGGAUUCCCCUUACCCCAUGCUGAUAUUAGCUGGUCCUGCCGCUUGUGGGAAACGAGAACUGGCCCACCGCCUCUGCAGACAGUUUAGUACUUACUUCAGAUAUGGGGCCUGUCACACCACAAGACAGCCUUACUUUGGAGAAGGGGAUCGAGUUGAUUAUCAUUUUAUCUCUCAAGAAGUUUUUGAUGAAAUGCUAAACAUGGGGAAAUUCAUUCUAACAUUUAGUUAUGGGAAUCACAAUUAUGGAUUAAGUAGGGACACCAUAGAAGGUAUCGCAAGAGAUGGUUUAGCAAGCUGUAUUCAUAUGGAAAUAGAAGGUGUAAGAAGUUUGAAAUAUUCCUAUUUUGAGCCUCGAUAUAUCCUGGUGGUACCCAUGAACAAGAACAAAUAUGAGGGAUACUUAAGGAGAAAAGGAUUAUUCAGUCGUGCAGAAAUUGAAUUCACUGUCUCCAGAGUGGACCUUUAUAUUAAAAUUAAUAAGAAAUUUCCAGGAUAUUUUGAUGCAGUCAUCAAUGCAGAUGAUCUGGAUGUUGCCUACCAAAACCUGAGUCGGCUCAUUAGAGAGUACCUUGGAUUGACUGAGGAGACUGCCAAGAUUUGGGGUCCAGCUGCAGAUGUUAAGACAUCCCACCUGGAACAUGAAGAGCUUUCUAGGAAGUAUACUUCUCCAUAUAUGGACGAUUCCCUGCAUUCUACAGACAGAAACUACUUUGUUAAAUUAUCGACCAAACUUUCAGACAAAAAAUCACCAGUGGAAAAAGAUUCUAUAUACAGACAGCGUGAGACAGCCCGGCAAGCCCUAAUAGGAAAGACACCCCCUGACCAUACACUCCUAUUUCAAAGGGGUCCUGUACCAGCACCUCUCACCAGUAGUCUACGUUAUUUUACAUCUUUGGAAGAACUACAGAACAGUGUUGAGCUUUAUGAAGAUUAUUUGAAAAUUCCCUUCGGCUCAUAUCCUGAAAAGAGUAUCAAGGAUCUCUAUGCUUCCACGAUACAUCCUACAUUAUUUCAGUUUUAUCCAUGGUCAAAAGAAUGGCCUUUUCACCCUCUAGAAGGGAACAUUUCUUCACACCCAGGAUCAGUAAUAAGUGAUGUUGAGACGUAUCAAGUCCUAAAAGCAGUACCUGUACAAUCAUUUCCAGAUGAAAAAGAGUCUCUCCAACAGAGAAAACAGUUGAGCCUGGUCAUCACUCGCCCAGGUUCCAACACCAAACCCAUCCUCCCUCCCAUCCCUCAGGGCCGCAAGUAGACCAGCACUUGACAUCUGAUCUAAACAUGGAAAACGUGCUCUGAUGACAUCUAAUCCCUUUGUCUUACCUGCCCGUGGAUCCCAGCUGUUUCUCACUCAACCGAUUACCUACAAAAGAAUGUUCCACCUGCUUUAAUUCUCUCAAUCUAUUCCUUUUGUGAUUCUCUUUCAUUUAUUUAAUUAACGUUUUCUUUUUUUUAAUGUGAACUAUUCUUAGCUUUUAAAAAUGUCAUUUUGGUUUUUCCCAUAGCUAUAAAUGAUUUUUCCAGCUGCUUCCUGCUCUGAAAUAUCAGAUGGCAAAGCCUCCCAAGAUCUCUGCCUUUCUAUAUGCACAGUGAUUUUUGGAUAUAUCUAACUGGGAUUGUGCCCUUAAAUUUUCAAUAUGUCCAUUUAUAACAAUGUAUACACUAGGGGGUUGAAUUAUUUUGUUCUGAUUGUAAAAGGACUGUAAGAGUUCCAUUUAACUUGUGAACAACAUGAUAUCAACUGCA